GCGCGGACGAAGACGAACUGUAAAUGAACGUAGACGUAUCGUACGAACAUUGCACGAAACGAUGUACGAUAAACGAAGCAAGAGUCGAGGAGAAGCCGCUGAUCCGUAUGCGCGACGUAGGUGCCAUCGAUUGGGCGUGAUCAAAUCGACGCCGACGGUCAACGGUUACCCUCUAUCGGCUGUCGCGCCAAUAUAUCUCUACGAUGAAUCGAAUCGACGCGUUUGUACGUAUUCCUAUUUCAACGGGGUUUCGGGUGGUCAACGAUUCGAAGCAAAUCGGCAGAUCGAAAGCUAAUAACUCCGUAGCCUUCGCAUCGUAUCGUACGUAGACUGGAAGACCAGUUUACAUGCAGCCGCGGAUCAAGUUGCGCAGCGCAUUCGUCGCGGCAUUCGUACACGACGUACGUCGUACGUACGUACGUAUGUACCUAAUAUCUCCUGGAUACGUACGCGUUAGCUCCACCGCAUACGUGUUCCUCUGUGUCGCGGAACGUGAUAAUCUGGCCCGGAAAGUGUGCCGAACGUGUAUACCGUCAACUAUUUAGGAAAACCGGCUCGAGAAGGAACUCACCGACGCAGAUGUGAGAUAUAAAUAUACGAGCGUUCGGUGAACCGGAGAGUCAAGGAUACGUAAUUUCUACCGGCGGUGCAGUUCGACGAAUACUUUGCAGCCAAAACAGUCGCCGUUUCGUGUCGGAGAAGACGCGUGCGAGCGGGUGAUCGAAGCGGGUAUUCCGCAGCGGUCGCUGCACUCUCGCCGUUGUAAAACAUCUAUACUCAUUGUUAGCCGCGACUUGUAAUUGCGCGUUGCGUACGGCGAAAAAUUACCACCCGCAACACGUUCGUCGUCGUUGCACCGUAUCGUAGCGCGCAGUCGACGUUGCAUACCCGAUGUAGACCUAGACGCAGUCCUAGAGCUGGACCUAGACGCGCAUGUGCCUGUGCCUGAGCUUUUGCCUGUGCCUAUGCCCGUACCUAUACAUACAGGUGAGAGAGGCUGCGAAGACGUCGCGACGUAUUUGCGCCAUGGAUUCGGAUCAAUUCGUCAACAUCGUACUACGUCGUCUUUUCACACGCCGCUUCGGAUGGAUCGUAAAAAUCGGUAAAAACUCGUCGAACCCCAACUUGGAAAGUAGAAAGCUCUCUCACCGGUUCUCGCACCCGAUGGAAUGGCAAACUAUACGCGUAAGGAUAUAAUACAUACGGCGAGGUACGCUCGUCGGUUGGGAUAUCGGUAAAACGAUACGGUGCCUAUCCCGUGCGCCGAACAUACGUUCAGGCAUCACGACCCACGUACCGCAGCUAUAGAGGUAGGUACGUACGUACGCACGAAAAGAAGAAUUUUCCACCAAGGCUGGAUCAGAACCAAAUGGGGUGCACGAGGAAGCGGCGAGAUUGCAUCAUGGGACGCAAUACCGAUCAUAACGAGGCGAGCAUCUCGAAGAGGACUCGCUCCCGGUGCAGAGGAUAACGCUGCGCAGCUGUUCGGAGAACCGAUCGACCCGCGGGGAUUGGAUUAUACGCCCAGCGAUCGAAUGAUAGGAAGAAACUUCAAAGGCAUUUAUAUGCAUCUACGCCUCGUGCCACGCGGAAAUGCGGUGGAUCUUAUCGAUGUAUAGGAUAUACACUGACACUGCACUUGCAGGAUUGGUCUUUGCUUGAUCCCACACGAUCGCUUCCAGCGCUAGAAGUCCGCAGGAGUCUGAGCUACCCGGCUAGGUUAAGAGCCGAUUGCUAAUGAGUGAUGCUACGGCAACGAAGAGCCUGGGGUUAGGCCGGAUAGGGGGACGAAGUAAGACGACGUUCUUAACUGCAGAAAACACCGGAGCGAGGGAGACGAACGAUAGGCAAGCGGUCUUCUUGCAAUGUUCACCAAGUUCCGUAGGGAAAGAUAUAAGUGUCUCUAUGCCCGCGUACAUGCCGGCGCUAUAACGUUCUCUCGUCUCAUCUUGCGGUAUUCUGUCUCGAAGAACGCUGAAGACCGAUUUUAGGGAGGAGCUCUGAACAGCGAUUGUCGUAUACACUGCUGCGUACGCCACGCUCCGCGAACACUUUCAUUUUAUACCGACUUCAAUUUAAAUUCCCAUGAAAACUUCCCCACUUUCGCGUUCUUUCAACUCCUAGCAACCAUGUGCAUCGCGGAAAAUUGAAAGAAAUUUCUACCGUACCUCGAUCUCGACAACCUGGGUUUCCGAACAAACACGUUUGAACAUCCGAGUAACACCCGGCGUUUACAACUACGAUUGUUGGUUCGUAAUGUUGCCACUUCCCGCGCAGGAGCGCUUGUUGUCUAUGAGCUCAACUAGAGCUCAACGAUCAACAAGUAGAAAUUUUGGUAGAAAUGUCAUCUCGAAUUUUCGAUACAACUGCUGUCACCCACAUGCAGAUAAGCUAAAAUAACAUCGUCGUUGAUCAGCGUCAUGGUUGAAAAAUCACAUCAGCUAAGAUUCAGAAAAUAUCUUCAAGACGAUGACUUAUUUACAAGCAAACAUGAAAUUCUCACAGCUGGAUCAGGACAGCUCGAUACAAAAAAAGUAUUGCGAUCAGAGAAAGAAUGUGUGGAGAAUAAGGAUUACUCUGUCCUUCACACAUUUUCAGAUAGACCGAGUGACAGUACCUGUCAUUCGUGUAAUGAUGCUGACUCAGACAUUAAAUCGGACGGUGAACCUGAUUUGGUACCGCAUGCCAAUUCGAUAAAAAUAUGGAACGAGGAGUUGCAAAUAUUUCCUCAAAAGAACAACAAACAAUCGGAAGAGAAUCAUUUGGUACAUCAUCCAAUCGAUGAAUCACAACAAUCGAAAAUUUCAGAAUAUGCCAAAGAUGAUAAAGCAGCUAUCGAUCGGACUAAGGAUCCACCACGAAUAUUCAGAGGAUGGACUGAUAUAGAGUCGACUCUACCGAUACAUUGUAAAUACAGAAGUAGUUUCGAUCGUCGAACUGGGGGCCUCUUUUUAGAUACAGACGAUGGUCCCUUUACCACAAUCCACAUACCUGACUUGAAUGACUUCGAGGUAAAUUUUCUUACUCCUACUGUAGAUAUGGACGUGUCGGAAUCGCCUUUCGAUCCAGGUUUUACAGUCGGAUCGUCUCAAGGAAACAAUAACUGCCUUGAACGGGUUACAGCGAGAAACAUUUAUGCGGAACAUGGCGUUAACUCACCAAGUUCCACCGCCUCAGAGUAUAUGAUGAGUCAAGAUUAUACAUUGUCUUUUCCAAUGUUAAUGGGAAGUAAAAGCUUGAGGUUCUGCACAUCUCAAGCUGCCUGUAUGGCUGAAAGACCCUGCAUUGAACGGAGACAGACCAUAGUCAAGCCAAACUUGCAGUUCAAACUAUGCAAUGCAAUUGCACACAAAAUGCAAGAUCCAUACAGUGUAACAGAGCCGACAAACAACUGUUUCCUGCAGGAGCAACACAACGAAGUUUCCAUCUAUGAAAAUAAAUAUCUGAAAAAUGAUAAAGUCAGUUAUGCUUUUACCAAUAAUACACUGGGACAUACUUCAGGAAACAGUCUGAAAAAAGCUUCCCAUGAUACACAGGCAUUUGUAAAGAAAUGGUUAGAUCAAAAAGAUGAAAUUAUAAUUGAUUGUAAGCCAUCUGAAGGAAUGGCAGAUGGUAAAAUAUUGUCUCUCAAACGUAAACGCCUUGACUCAAAUAGCGAACAGAUAACCAAACGUAGUAGAUUUCCAGAAGGAAAAAUCUCCGUUUCAGAUUCAACAAUAUUAUUUUCUGAUUACUCCUGCGAGCACGAUAGAGCGUACCUAUUUGAAAGCUUUUAACCAAACCAUCGUUCUCAGUUAUCUAUUAUGAGUAUAAUCAGAUGAAUAUGCUGAAACUCAAUGAGUAUCAUUGUUUAUUGAUUUCAUGCACAGUUAAUUCAUACGUUAUGUAUCCUUAAUUCAUUUGCACACUCAAGUAGGUUUCAUUGAAAAAAGCAGAUUUCGCAUAUUUUUCUCACUAAAUUUAACACAUACUCCAAGGUGCAUUGUGAAAGGUAUAUACACCAUAAUUAAUAAACAUUGUUCAGCAAUUCAUAUUCGAAUUUAAUGAAAACUACACUGAUAUUCGACAUAAAAAUUCUGGUUAAGAAAUCAUUAAAAUAAUUAGUUGGGUGGCAAUUAUAAAUCACGUAUUAUGUAAGCCUUAACAUGAAAUAAAACUUAAAUCUGGCCUUUGAGGCACGCAGGAAUUGCGUGAAAGGUGAGACACUGUUACAAUUGA